CUCUAGGGGAGUCUCCUACUAACCAAGAUACAGAAUGGAUCCUGUGCUGUUACUUGUUACUACUAGAUACAACUACUGGGCACUCCACCGUUCGUCGAUCCCGACUGCUGUACAAUGACGUCAUCAUCGCUGCUCGCCUUCGCCAUGUGCUUUCUGCCCCUGCAAAGUAAGAGUGAAGUACUUUUAGACCAGCUUAACUCAUCACUCUGCCGAGUCAACGACCAUCUCUUGUCCGCUCUCGGACGAGAGCGCGUCAAGGUGAAGUCAUCCAGACUAUAAAUUGCCCCUGUAGAACGCCCUGUCCGAUGAGAUUAUAAGCUGAAUUGUGUUCUAUGAUCAAUUGGUUCUCAUUAAGAUAUCUAGACUGAAACAUCGUCACCAUUUGUCUUUCUUUUCCAUAGUAUUGCAAGACAUUGCUCCCGUCUCAUAUACAAUGAGUGACCCAACAAACCCCAACAUCGAGAAGCGAACGACACCCCAAUGGGGUCUCUACCAGCGAGAGAACUUCUGGAAGGUAAACGAUGACAAGACGGUUCCAUUCAACACCGGUAGGUGCCAUUCCCCUGGUCUAACAACUGACUCGUCCGAGUGAUCAAUCAGUUGACAGCCUAUCCCAGAUCCCAAGAAGCUGGAGGAGGAAGCACAUAAGCGGCUCAGCCAAGGAGGCUGG